UGGAAAGUGCGAUAUUUGUGAACCAUCAGUCACUGGAAUCCUACAAAGUGUGCACUUUUGAAGCUCCUUUUUAUUCUCAUUAGGCAUGAUUCCGACCACAGAUGUAUCAAUUAUUCCAGUGAAAAUGAUACUUCAUGAUAAUUCAGUACAAGUCUGUCACUCUCAGAAAGUAUAUAUUAUUUGUUGUUCUAAUACAAAAUGUCGUACGUCCUUUGGGUGCAUGCGCAUGAGCGAUUCACACAGAGAAGUCGGUAAAUUUGGCACGGGACCGCGUCCAGCGUUGCCAGAUCCUCGUGAUUCCGUUAGUUCCAAUUUUUUGACUGCGUUCACGUCUAUCUGUUGAAAUUCCCAUGAAUUCUCGCGUUUACUGACGUUUGUAAUCCUCAAAUUGUCAAAUUUAUGGAUUUAAAAUAUUAAAACAUGUCAGAAUCGUUCAGCGCGAUUGUUUACAAGUGUCUGAAGGCUCUCGUUACGACUUCGUUGAACACAAAUGCAUCUUGCGUCGUUAUUCGCUUCCACGAGAAAGGCCUUCGUCUUCUCGUGGGUGAUAAUGGGGAAGGACUGGCCCCCGAUGAUCUGGAAAAUCUUGCGGUUGACGAGAAUAAUGCGGGGGGAUUGAUUGCAUCCCAGUGUUUACGAUUGUUUGAGACGAACGUCGUGAGGCUGCGAGAGGUCACAGCCUCCGUAUUUGUUAUGAGUAGACACAAAGACAAUGAUACCUUCGGAAAGAUGAUAACGAAAGAUUUGGUCUUCGAGAGGAGAAAGAUCCCGAGACGUCCAUCACCGGGAACCACAGUUUCUCUGAAGUUUUUCCGAGACCGAAUUGAUGAUACGAAGGUUUUUAUCCAUGAGUUGAAGUCCAUUGUUGGGUCUUUCGCUUUGAAUAAUCCUCAGGUAUUCUUUUCAUUUCGCGAUGACGAAUCGAUGAAAACACUUUUCCGCAUCAGAAGACAGAGCGAAGCAAUGCACACGCUCCAAAUGAUCUGCAAUCAAUCUCUGGAGCCAGAAAAAAUUCAGUACAUUCAGAACGAGAGGAUAAGAAAUCGAGUAAUCACUGGGUACUUCGGUUACGACUGCUCUUUGGAAACUAUCCAGAGGAUAUUCCUGAACAACGAAGAAGUGAAGUGUCCAGAGAUCGAAAAAAUCAUCACAACCAAUUACCUGAAGACUGUGAACUCCUACGGUAAUGGGAAUGGUCUCCACUUCAGCCCGAAGAAGGAAAAAAUACUCUUCCUCCUCUACAUCAAGGCGCCUGAUGAUUCUCUUCGUAAUUUGAUCGAGGACGAGGGGUUCUUGGAUACUAUAGAGCUGCGUGUCAUCAGGGCACUUUUCCUGCAGCUCGAGACAAUCUCUCUGAAGAUAUUGAAACACAUCUUCCCAUUGAAGAUCAAAGAGUCUGUCAGGGGCCAGCAAAAGGCCCCUAAAAAACGAAAGAAUAAAGACGUGAAAACUCCAAUCUUGAAGAAGAGAUUUCUCCCAGACUUUAAACAGGUCAGCCUGCCCCUGCUCAACUUCACCUGCAAGCAAUCUCGAGUCUCGAUGAAACAUCAGAGUUCUCACGAAGGACGGAAUGAGAAUUCAAUGGAAAUUGUUGUUGAAAAAUCUAAAACUGCGGGCGAUGUUGAGACCAUCUCGUUGAUCGACAGUCCCGAAGAUUUUGGAGAGUCCAAUAUGAAUAUGAAUGAUGAGUUGGAUGGGGGAGGGACACAUGAGGCGGAGGAGAGAGAGGGGAACUCUUGGGAGAAGUCCUAUGUUUUGGAGGAUCUGGGUGAGUGGUCUGAUUGGAUUUAUGAAGACUCUCAGAGUCGUGGGUUUAAUCAACAGACGUAUUACAAUUUUUUACCCCAGAAACUUCGACAUCUUGUUCCUGUAAAGCAGCAGUUGACGAGGAGAGAAAUUUUUGAUCGGUCGAGGGACCGGGGGGGUCUCAGAUGGAACAGGAUGGAGCAUAAAAUUGAACACGCAAAUUUACCAAGACGUCAAGACUCUCACAUCAGACCCUGCAAAAACUCCCAAAAGAGAAGAAUGGAACUAACGCUAGAGAAGCCGAUAUUAAAAAACAUGAAGGUGCUAGAUCAAGUGAAUAAAGAAUUUAUCGCCGGAGUCGCACAAUACGAGGACAAAAAAUAUCUCCUCCUGAUUGAUCAACACGCGAUGGAUGAAAGAAUCCGCUACGAAACCCUUCUGCGAGAAUACAGGUGUAAUCAAAAUGCUCUAUCACUGUCCCAUCUGUAUUGCCCACUGGAGAUUUCGGAACUCCCCGAGAAAGUUAUGCCGCCGAUACUAACGAACUCACAAGUGUUAAAAUGUUUCGGUGUGACAUUCAAACUAAAGAGUGAAAAUAGUGUAGUAGUGUCGACAGUGCCAAAUUGUUUCUUACCAAAGAGACGUAGCAAACCCCUAAAUAUGGUAAAAAGUGUCAAGGAUUUGAUCAUCGAAAUUGGAGAGAAGUUGAUCAGCAAGAGUGGUGUCAAGUGUCUGCCCAUCGUGAUCCAUAAUGCUGUUGCUUCAGAGGCUUGUCAUGGUGCUAUCAGAUUUGGCGACGUAUUAAACGUGAAUCAAUGUGAAACCCUCGUGUCCCACUGGAUUGAGACAGAGUUACCGAAUCGAUGCGCGCAUGGUCGUCCAGCGGUCGUCCCAUUGAUGGAAAUAAAUGCCUACAGUCGAAGGUAUCAACAGGUGUGUAAGGAAAAACUCAACUUUGGAUCUCUGAAGAAACAACUCAAGUUAUAGUAUUGAAUUGAUUGUUUAAAGGAUAACAAGAAAUAUAAAUAUUUCACGUAUUUUAUAGGAUUGGGGGUGUGUUUAUUUCUGUGUAGGGGAGG